AUGUUAGUCCAGAUGUGGUAUCCCAUCACUGUUGCCACCGUUUCUAGAGAGUUCAAGAAGAUCCUGGCCAAGCAUCUCCGAGCCACAUCUGGGAGUGUGGAAGGCCUGAACCAGAAGCUCCAUGACUUCGGCUACAGGGGGGUCUCUUCACAGGAGUCUGCGGCUCUAGGGGGCGCUGCUCACCUGGUGAACUUCUGCAGCACAGACACAGUGGCUGGACUGUUGAUGGCACAGCGCUACUAUUCCUGUCCCAUGGCUGGAUUCUCCAACCCAGCAGCAGAGCACAGUACCAUCAUAUCCUGGGGCAGGAGUCGAGAGAAGGAUGCCUUUGAGCAGGUCCUGGAUCAGUUCAGCUCAGGACCUGUGUCCGUGGUGAGCGACAGCUACGACAUCUUCAACGCCUGUAAACACAUCUGGGGAGACGAGCUGAAGGAGCGGGUCAUGGAGCGCAGCCAGGACUCAUGUCUGGUCAUCCGGCCAGACUCCGGAGACCCCGCUGAGACACUUAUUGAGGUCAUCAAGAUACUGGAGGAUUGUUUUGGUUGCUCUAAGAACUCUAUGGGAUACAAAGUUCUACCAUCUUACCUGCGCAUCAUCCAAGGAGAUGGUAUAGACCUCAGCUCUGUUAAUGAGAUUCUCCAGAAGUUGAGUGAAGAAGGCUGGAGCGCUGAAAACGUUCUCUUCGGAUGUGGAAGUGCUCUGCUCCAGAAGCUGAACAGAGACACGCUGAGCUGUGCCUUUAAGUGCAGCUACGUGGAGACCAACGGCAAAGGCAUGGACGUAUACAAGCAGCCGGUGACCGAUCCUUCUAAAGAGUCGAAGCGGGGCCGGCUUUCUCUGAGAAGAAAUUCUGGUGGUUUAAUUGAGACUGUGGAGAGCGGUGCCGGGAAACCAGAGGAGGAUCUGCUUGUGACUGUGUUUGAAAAUGGCGUCCUCCUUUGUGAAUAUUCCUUCGACGAGAUUCGAAAGAAUGCUCGGCUUAAGGACCUUGACCUUAGCUCCACAAUGUACAACGAGAAGGAUCUACUGGAGAAACAAGUCCUGAAUGGAGUGCACUGA